AUGAAUGAAGUGCGUCGUCAUUCAGUAUACUUUGUUGAUCAAAUGGAAGCGAUUGGACCACUUUAUGACAUGAUUCAGAAAGGAGAAUUUGUAGCUUCAUACGGUGCACGAGCUUCCGGGAAGUCUACACGGGUGGAUCAAGCUAUGUUUGAGUUGGAAAGAAGAGGUAUGUUUGCAUUUGCAGAUGAUGACGUUAAAACCUCAUUUCUUGGAGCAAUUCGUAACAUUAAAAAUUCAAAAAGACACUAUGCACUCUGGUCUGCUGUGGUCAUCGGUCCCCUAAGUAUUUUAUUUCUGAAAUCAGACAAAAUGAAUAUCUCGCCAUUAAACGUUAAGGAGCCAUUUAGGAACCCAAAUUUCACUCUGGCACAAGCAUGCUGGCCUUGUCUGCCUUUGUGGCAAGGCUAUCAGUUCUUUAGAAAGAACUUGACGAAAGAAGAUCUUGAUUUCGUACUCUGGUCAAACUUCGUUGCCAGUUUACAACUAACAGUUCGUAUGAUUACUUAUAACACAUUUAAAAAGAUGGUUGACAAUCUUAUUACGCUUGAUAUUGCUAAGGGAGCUUUGGACCUUCUCCGAUCUGUAUUUUUAGGAUUUUUCGAUUUUAUACAAAUUCAUGACCUUGAAGAAGAAGACAAGCAGAUUUCCUAA